AAUGAGAUCUCGGCUUCAGAGAAAAUAUUUGUGAAAGUGCUGAAGCUCCUCCAUGUAGAUUUUCGUGACGCGGUACUGAAGGCUUCCUGUCAGGCGGGGAAACCCGUAAUCGACGAGCGAGUCUUGAAGCAGAUCUUGUGUUAUUUGCCGCAGCUGUACGAGCUCAACUGUGACCUGUUGAGAGAGCUGGAGGAACGGGUUGCUCACUGGAACGAGCAUUGCGGUGUAGCAGACAUAUUUGUGAAGAAAGGCCCUUAUCUGAAAAUGUACUCCACUUAUAUUCGUGAGUUCGACAAGAAUGUGGCCCUUCUAGAAGAGCACUGCCGGAAAAACCCAGCGUUUGCCAAAGCCGUCCGAGAGUUUGAGAGCCUUCCAUGCUGUGCAAACCUGGCAGUGAAACAUUACAUGCUGAAACCCAUCCAGAGGAUUCCACAGUAUCAGCUGCUCCUGACCAGUUAUCUGAACAAUCUAGAUGAAGAAUCGCCAGACUACAAAGAUGCAGAAGCUGCCCUAACGAUAGUAAAGGAGGUGGCUAAUCAUGCGAAUGAAAUCAUAAGACACGAGGAUAACAGCCAGAAGCUGUACGAGGUUCAGUGCCGCCUGACUGGGAAUCAUGUGAUCGUCCAACCAGGAAGGGUUUUGUUAAAAGAAGGGAUCUUGAUGAAGCGCUCCAGGAAAGUGAUGCAGCCUCGAAUGUUCUUCUUAUUGAAUGAUAGUCUUCUGUAUACCACGCCGGUAGCAACGGGUAAUUUCAAACUGAACAACAUACUGUCAUUGGCUGAGAUGAAGGUCAGUAAACCUAGUCAGGAGGGGUAUCAGAAUGAGCUGAACAUUGAGAGUGUUGAACGAUCUUUUAUUUUAUCUGCCAGCUCUGCUGCAUGUCGAGAUGAGUGGCUUCAGGCCAUUUCCACCGCAAUCGACGAUUACACCAAGAAAGAGACCACCUUCACCUCAGUUAGAAACCCUGAGAUGGCAACCCAAGAUGUUCCAGACAGCGGGGCCCAGCUGGGAUCCAAAGCCCCGAUAUGGAUCCCAGACCUGAGGGCCACUAUGUGCAUGAUCUGCACCUGUGAGUUCACCCUCACCUGGAGACGCCACCAUUGCAGAGCCUGUGGGAAGGUUGUGUGUCAGGCCUGUUCAACUAACAAACAGCCGCUGAAAUAUCUGAAGAAUCACCUCGCGCGAGUUUGUGAUCUCUGCUUCUCCGCUUUGCAGCAAAAUAGUUCAGGUGACCAAGUACCCAGUAAUUCACCUCUGUCACCUACUGGCAAGUCGCCCGGUGCCUUUCCCUUCAGAAAGCAGAAGAAAAUACCAGCAGCCCUUAAAGAGGUUUCAGCUAACACAGACGGGUCCUCGAUGAGCGGCUACCUGGAGAGGACGAAGGCCAACAGAAAACAGUGGAAGCGGUUCUGGUUUGUCAUCAUGAACAAAGUUCUGUACACUUACGCUGCCAGUGAGGACGUAGCAGCUUUGGAAAGUCAACCUCUUCUGGGAUUUUCUGUCCGAACAGAGAAACCCGAAUCUUCCCUGCAUUUUAAACUUUAUCACAAAGACACUCUGUACUACAUCUUCAGAGCGAGCGACAGCCAGAUCUGUGACAGAUGGAUUGAAGCGAUCCAGCAAGCCACGGUCCUCUAACCCUCUCUUCCUCAACCGUUUCCAGAUCCGACCAUCAUACAAACGACACACACAUACAUUAAAAUGGAUUAAAAUGAAGGCACACCGCAUUUGCGUGUGCAGUUGCUACUAUGAAGUUGUGCUUACGUUGUUUUAAGUGUUGUGAAAUGAAAGUUUUUAGUUAUGAAAUACUUCUCCAUAACACAUCUGAUAAUGCAUUUGCAUAAUAUACUACACAUCCUUUUAUUAUGCUGUUAUAUUUAUGCUU